AUGGUAGAUAUUGCCGUCGACCCCAAAGAUCCGACAGACCAAAGGGUGAUUGAUGAUACAAUUAAAACUUGCUUGAAGACUUAUUGGCAUAACCUGCAUUCCCACUACAAGUCUUUCAAUACAGCGGAAGAGGCGUGCCAGCAGCCAUUUGAGGGUGUCACGUUAGAGGACUGGGCCACACUAUGCGACCGUUUUGGAUAA